UAAAUACAUGUGAUCAGCAGCUGAACAAGCUUCUUCAUCUGCAGUCGACUCCAUCUCAGACGUUCUUCAUCCUCUUCUCGGCUCCUGCUGCUUCAGUUUGAGACCCGUUGGUCAGGAUGAGUCCGAAACACGUCGUCUUCAAGAAGGUAUCCAGAGACAAGUCGGUGGCCGUCUACAUGGCCAAGAGGGACUUUGUGGAUCGCUGUGACUCUGUGGAUCCAGUUGACGGCGUGAUUGUGAUUGACCCAGUUCAGCUGAAAGGAAAGAAAGUGUAUGUGAUGCUCUCAUGCACGUUUCGAUACGGCCGUCAGGACAUGGAUGUGAUGGGCGUGGCCUUCAGGAGGGACCUGUUCGUGGUGACCCGGCAGGUUUACCCAGAGUUGCAGGACAAAGAGAAGCUGACCCACACCAAGGUCCAGCAGAAGCUUCUGCACAAACUAGGAGACAACGCCUACCCUUUCUUCUUCGAGUUUCCAGACAACCUGCCGUGUUCUGUCAGUCUGCAGCCCGGUCCGAAUGACGUGGGAAAGAAAUGUGCGGUGGAGUUCGAGGUGAAGGCGUUCUGUGGGGACAAUCAGGACGAGAAGAUUGAUAAACAGAGCUCAGUUCGUCUCACCAUCCGAAAGAUCCAGUUCAGUCCAGAGAACACUGAAGUGGCUCCAUUUGCAGACAUGACCUUUGAGUUCUUGAUGUCCGAAAAUCCUCUACAUGUCAAGCUGACCCUUCCCAAAGAGACGUUUUACCACGGUGAGCCGGUCAAAGCCAACGUUGAAAUCACCAACUCCUCCAGCAGGAACAUCAAAGACAUCAGUUUGUCAGUUGAGCAGGUGACCAAUGUGGUGCUCUACUCCAACGAUAAAUAUGUGAAAUCUGUGGCCAAAGAAGAGACUGAGGAUUCGGUUCCCUCUGGUACCACACUGAAGAAGGAGUACACUCUGUACCCUCUGCUGGCGUACAACAAGGACCGCAGAGGAAUCGCUCUGGAUGGACGACUGAAACAUGAAGACACCAAUCUGGCUUCGUCCAGCAUUGUGAAGCAGGAGGUGCUGAAAGAAGUCCAGGGGAUGCUGAUUUCCUACAAGGUGGUUCUGAAGAUGAUAGCCUCCGGGACGGUGGGGUCCAGUGAGGUUUCUGUGGAGGUGCCCUUCAAACUGAUGAAUCCAAAAUCAGAACCAGUGAAGGACAGUGAACCUGAUGACAUGGUGUUUGAAGACUUUAAACGGGCCUACCUGAAGGGCGUGGUCUACGGAGAUGACGAUGAGUCUCCAACUGAGGCCUAAACUAUAAAGACGACAUCGACUGUUCAGUUCUCCACCUAAAGAUCAACAGACAUUCAGGACAGAGGAAUCAUGAGAUGAACUUCAUAUGGUUACCCUGAAAGAUGUCUGUUGUGAACUCCUCAGCGUUAGAUAGCGCCUGUAGUUGUUAACCUCUGACAGUUCCUCAGUGGAGGUGUUGGAGCUCAAAUCUUUAUGUCCCUUCAUGGAGGUAGAGGUACCUAAGGGGCGGAGCUACAUCUAACUGUAGUAUUGCUUCUGUAGCUUCUAGUGAAUCAGAUUCAAACCAGAAUUCAGAAUGUAGUUUUUAACUGUUCUCAGAUUAAAUAACUUCCUAAACCAAAAAAGUGUUUGUUUAAUUCAUU